AUGGCGGCGGAGAGGGACAUCGACGAGCUCCCGAAGAACGCCGCCAACCACACGGCGCUCACGCCGCUCUGGUUCCUCGAGCGCGCCGCGCUGGCGCACCCGGGCCGGGCCUCCCUCGUGCACGGCUCCCUGCGCUACACCUGGGCCGACACCUACAGCCGGUGCCGCCGCCUCGCCUCCGCCCUCGCCCGCCGAUCCGUCGGCCACGGGAGUACGGUAGCUGUAAUAGCUCCAAAUAUCCCAGCAAUUUAUGAAGCUCAUUUUGGAGUUCCCAUGGCUGGAGCAGUGGUCAACUGUGUCAACAUUCGAUUAAAUGCUCCCACUGUUGCAUUUUUGUUGGAGCACUCAUCAGCUGAAGUUGUGAUGGUUGACCAAGAAUUUUUCUCUCUGGCAGAGGAUUCUUUGAGGAUUAUAGCAGAUCAAAAGAAAGGUUCUUUCAAACAACCACUUCUAGUAGUUAUUGGUGAUCAUACAUGUGAUCCUUCAGCCCUCCAAAAUGCACUGAGAAAAGGAGCCAUUGAAUAUGAGAAGUUCUUGGAAACUGGAGACCCUGAGUUUGCUUGGAAACCACCACAGGAUGAGUGGAAAAGUAUCGCCUUAGGUUAUACUUCCGGCACAACUUCGAACCCCAAGGGUGUGGUAUUGCAUCAUAGGGGUGCUUACCUAAUGUCACUCAGUGGUGUCCUGGUAUGGGGAAUGAAUGAAGGUGCUGUUUACUUGUGGACUUUACCAAUGUUCCACUGUAAUGGCUGGUGCUAUACAUGGGCGCUUGCUGCAAUCUGUGGAACAAAUAUAUGUCUUCGUCAGGUAACAGCAAAGGCCAUUUUCUCGGCAAUAGCCAGCCAAGGUGUGACUCACUUCUGUGCAGCACCAAUUGUCCUGAACGCCAUUAUCAACGCUCCUCCGGCGGACACCAUUCUCCCCCUGCCGCGUGUUGUUGACGUCAUGACUGCUGGCGCUGCUCCGCCACCCUCAGUCCUUGCAUCAAUGUCAAAGCUUGGCUUCCGUGUCACUCAUACAUAUGGUCUUUCAGAGACAUAUGGACCAUCGACAGUAUGUGCAUGGAAACCAGAGUGGGACAGCCUGCCAGCCGACGAGCGUGCCCGCCUCCAUGCUCGCCAGGGAAUUCGCUAUGUAGGCAUGGAAGGCCUUGAUGUUGUCGACCCAAAAUCGAUGGCGCCAGUCCCAGCCGACGGUUCCACCCUCGGAGAGAUUGUCAUGCGAGGGAACGCAGUCAUGAAGGGCUACCUGAAGAACCCGAAGGCCAACGCCGAGGCAUUCGAGAAUGGCUGGUUCCAUUCUGGUGAUCUAGGGGUUCGACAUCCAGAUGGCUACAUUGAGGUUAAGGACCGAGCCAAGGACAUCAUUAUCUCUGGUGGGGAGAACAUUAGCAGCCUGGAAGUGGAGAAGGCGGUCUACCUGCACCCGGCGGUGCUCGAGGCGUCGGUCGUGGCUCGAUCCGAUGAGCAGUGGGGUGAGUCGCCAUGCGCCUUUAUCACGCUCAAGGACGGCGUGGACGGUUCCAAUGAGGCAGCAUUGGCUGGUAACAUAAUGAGCUUCUGCCGGGAGCGACUGCCUGGCUAUUGGGUCCCCAAGUCCGUAGUGUUCGGGCCACUGCCGAAGACGGCGACAGGUAAGAUCAAGAAGCAUGAGCUGAGGGCCAAGGCCAAGGAAUUGGGCCCAGUCCGGAAGAGCAGGAUGUGAGCUAGGCUAAUCUUGCUCUGAGACUUGGUAUGCUUUACUCCUCGUCUGAACUGUCGUUUGACUAAUCGCUUGAGUACUUUGUUGGAAAGAUGUAUACCACGAACUGUAUUUUCUUGUAUCAUGUACUGUACGAACCAGCAUAAUUGCUAGAUUGUUUCUUACCGGUUGCUAACGGUGUAUAUAUGGCGUAUAUGUAUUAGAGUUAUCUAA